AAAAGCUAUUCUGUUGUAUUGUACCUACACAAUAUUAUAUUGCAUCCCCAUGUGAAGUUUUCAGAAGUUGCCCCACAAACAAAAGAAGGAACAGUCCUUGAAAGAGAGUUUUCCAAGGCCAAGAUUACAAGUUCAUGUUAUUUACAAUCUCAAAAAGCUUCCAUACAAGUUGUGCUAGCCUAGCUACUUGCAAAAUCUUGGAAUAUUUUACUUCAUCCAAAUCCCUUGCAGUCUGUCUGCAGAGAAGAGAAAAGAUGGCUUUGAUCGGAGAGGCUCUUAUCUCUGCUUCCGUCCAGGUGUUGUGUGACAGAAUUACUUCAAGCGAGUUCGUCGACUUAUUUCGGCAGAAGAAACUGGACGAACCACUCCUCAUGAACUUGAAGACGACACUGUUGACUUUGUUCGUGGUGCUCAAUGAUGCAGAGGAGAAGCAACUUGUGAACCCUGCUGUGAGAGAGUGGCUUAACGAGCUCAAGCAUGCUGUCUUUGAUGCAGAGGACUUACUGGAUGAGAUCGACACUGAAGCUUUGCGAUGCAAGCUGGGAGGUGAGGAUCAAACCCACAAAUUAACCAAUAAGAAAAUUGCUCUUGGCCUGGGAGAAGUUGCUAGGAGGAAGGUUUCACAUAGAACUCCAACAACUUCCUUGGUUCAUGAACCUUGUGUAUAUGGUAGAGAUGAAGUCCAAGAAAAUUUAUCAAAAGUGUUGCUAUCUGAUGAUGCAAGCAAGGAUGAUGUGUCUGUCCUCACCAUUGUUGGAAUGGGUGGGGUUGGCAAGACAACCCUUGCUCGAAUGCUUUACAACAACAAUAAGGUGAAAGGGCAUUUUACACUUCAAGCUUGGGCUUGUGUUUCAGAAGACUAUAAUGCUUUUAGAAUAACUAAAACUAUUCUUGAGUCAGUCACUUCAAAGCCUUGUAAUACGACGGAUCUGAAUUUGCUUCAAGUUGAAUUAAGAGAGCAGUUGAGGGGAAAGAAAUUUUUAUUUGUGUUGGAUGAUCUAUGGAAUGAAAAUUAUGGUGAUUGGGAGCGCCUCCAAACUCCUUUUAAUUCAGGGGCCAGGGGAAGUAAAGUCAUUAUAACAACACGGAACAAAAAUGUAGCAUCUUUAAUGAAAAAUGUUCCCAUUCAAUUCUUGGAACCAUUGUCGCAUGAAGAUUGCUGGUUGUUACUUGCGAAACAUGCGUUUGGAAAUGUAAACUGUAGUGAACAUCCAAGCUUGGAAGAAAUCGGCAUGAAAAUUGCACGCAAGUGCAAAGGGUUGCCUUUAGCUGCACAAACACUUGGGGGUUUGUUACGUUGCAAUAUAGAUUCUGAGGAGUGGAAUAGAAUACUAAAUAGUAAUAUUUGGUACCUACCCUAUGGUACAACUGACAUUCUUCCGGCUCUAUGGUUGAGUUAUCAUUAUCUCCCCGCUCAAUUAAAACGAUGCUUUGUUUAUUGUUCAGUUUUUCCAAAGGAUUAUGAGUUUAAAAAGGAAGAUGUAGUUCAAUUAUGGAUGGCAGAAGGCUUAGUUACUCAAGUUGAUAAUGGGAUGAUUAUGGAAUCAAUGGCUAGAAAAUACUUUGAUGAGCUAUUAUCUCGGUCACUGUUUCAAAAGUCAAGAGAACUCAGUUUCACAAUGCAUGACCUCAUUCAUGACUUGGCUAUGUUCAUCUCUAAGGGGUUUUGCCUUAGGCUGGAAGGGGUGGAAUCGCGUGAAGUUAAAAGAGCUCAUCAUUUGUCAUAUGCUAGGGGAGAAUUUGAUGCUGCUCCAAGAUUUGAACCAUUAUAUGAGGCUAAAUGUUUGCGGACCUUCCUACCUACCUCUUUAAAUCCAUAUAGCUCUUAUGAAAGAUUUUCUGUAAGUAAAAAAGUUCUACAAGAUUUGUUGCCAUCACUAAGAUGUUUACGGGUGUUAUCAUUGUCACGUUAUCAAAAUGUUACUGUGUUACCUGAUUCUAUUGCAAACCUCAUUCACUUGCGCUACUUGGAUCUUUCCCAUACCGCAAUUAAAAGGUUACCUGGGGUACUUUGCAAUCUCUACAACUUGCAGACAUUACUAUUGUCAAAUUGUUCCUCACUUCGUGAAUUGCCUGCAGACAUUAGAAAAUUGAUUAAUUUACAGAAAUUGACAUUGGGCGGUUGUAGUUCUCUUAAUAAAUUGCCUACAGGCAUGAAGGAGUUGACUAAUUUGCAUCAUCUUGAUGUCAGUGGAACUAAAAUUGAAGAGAUGCCGGUGCAAAUGGGUAGAUUGAAAAGUUUGAGAACAUUGACUGCAUUUGUUGUGGGCAAAUCUACUGGGUUCGGCAUAAGAGAACUGAGGGAGUUCCCACAACUUCGAGGAAAACUAUCAAUUUUGAAGCUACAAAAUGUAGUUGAUGCGAGGGAUGCACUGCACGCCAAUAUGAAGCACAAGAAAGAUCUCAAGGAGUUAAAGUUUUCAUGGGGUGCGGAGGAUGCUGAUGAUUCCCAAAAGGAGAAAGAUGUACUCGACAAGCUCCAGCCUUGCGUGAAUUUGGAGAAAUUAACCAUCAAAUUCUAUGGUGGAACCAAUUUUCCGAAUUGGUUAGGAGACUCGUCUUUUUCUAACAUACAAGUCAUGCAUCUCAGUGACUGUAGUUAUUGUUGGUCGCUCCCACCAGUUGGACGGCUACCGGCACUCAAACAGCUCUGUAUAAGAAGAAUGAAGUUUGUGAAGACGAUUGGCGUUGAAUUCUAUGGCAGAAAUGGAGCUUAUCUGACUCAGCCAUUUCGAUCUCUGGAGAAGCUAGAGUUUUGGGAGAUGCCGGAGUGGGAGGAAUGGGUACCAAGUGGAAGUGCAAGUGGAGGUGAAUAUGGUCCAGACUUUCCUCGUCUCCAGGAGUUGAUUCUAAACCAGUGUCCGAAGCUUAGAGGAAGUUUGCCUUGUGAGCUGCCUUGCUUAAAGAAUCUUACGGUGUAUGGGUGUGAGGUUUUACAUGAUAGAAGGGCCACUACCACAACUACCAAUAGUCUUAACUAUAAAUCUCUUGAAGAAUUGGAUAUACGUGGUGGAUGCCAAACUCUGUUAUCAUUAUUAGAGACAAAGCUCCUGCCCAACUGCAAUCGUCUUCAACGUUUGACUCUUUGGAAUUGUCCAACGCUGUCAUCGUUUCCCAAAGAUGGCCUACCCACUACAUUGACAUUACUUUAUAUAAACAAUUGUAGGAAAUUAGAAUUCCCACCUCAUGAGAUGUUGGCCAAAUUAACAUCGCUUGACAAUUUGUGCAUUCAAAAUAGCUGUGAUUCAAUGAGGUCCUUCCCGUUGGGCAUUUUUCCCAAAUUGACGACGCUUGGAAUUCAUGAUUGUGAGAAUCUGGAAUCUUUUUCCUUGAUUGAAGAAGAAGGAGCUGUUGAGAAUCUCAGCCAUCUCAAUUCCUUGCAAGUCUAUAACUGUCCAAAAAUGGUGUGUUUUCACGAGGGAGAAUUGCCCACUCCCAACCUGAGUUGCUUUCUAGUCUGUGGUUGCAAGAAUUUGAAGUCAUUGCCCGAACGCCUUCACACCCUCACUGCCCUUCGAUCUUUGUCGAUAUGGAAUCUUCCGAAUCUGGAGUCAUUUGCAGAAGAUGGGGGUUUGCCUCCCAACCUCCGAUCUUUUAGCAUUGGGAAUUGUAAGAGACUGAGGGCUUCAUCAGUGGGAGAGUACUGGGGUUUGCAAGCACUUGACUCCCUUGAGAUCGGUGGAAGUGACCAUGUCUUGGAGACGUUGCUGCUCCCUACCACUCUUCACACUCUCCGCAUCUAUUCUCUAUCAACUCUGAAAUCUUUGGACGGAAAGGGUCUUGGACACCUCACUUCUCUUCAAGGGCUACACAUUGACAGCUUCUCCAAUGCCUGCCAGAAGAGGGUUUGCCGCCAUCUCUUUCUCAUCUGA